AUGGUCACUUCAUCGGAAGUUCCCAGCCAUCUAUCCUCAAGUUGGAAAACCACCGAGGCCUCAUCCCGACGUUCAUCACCCCGUCUCUGUUCCGCUUGUGACGCUUGUCGUCAUUCUCGGGUCAAAUGCACAGGUGGCAGUCCAUGCCAACGCUGCGGAAACAAUGGCACAAUCUGUCACUAUAGUGUCUCUUUGCGGAACGGAAGACUGAAGGCGAAUAGAGUGCAAAAGCCAGUCGCCCAAGCUUCUCCUCCCUCGGCCAACAGUCAUGGCCGUGGAGGCUCGAGAGACCUGGGCCUGACCAAUGGGAUAAACCCUCCCACGUUGCCCAUUUCACGACCCGUCCCAACCGAUACCUUGUCUAGAUGCGAUACAGAUCCCUCUCUCGCGGCCCAUUGUUUUACAACUGGACCGAACCACAGCUCCUUACUGCAAGUAUCUGGUGAUCUUAAUAUUAACCAUCCAUUAACCGCUUUGACGGAUCCUCCAUCCAACCUACUCCUGUCGUCAGAUAUAUUGCUUGGCAUGGGCUUGGGCUCCAGCAGCUCGACGGAUGAUGAAUGGAGUUCCUCGACGGGUCUCUCCAACUUUAGUUUCCCACCAAGUCCUUUCGACUUGGGUACCCGGCCCCGUUCGACCAGAUGUAACUGUUUGAGAGCACAACUUCUCUGCAUUGCUGAGCUUUACGGGGCUCAAGAUGACGUUGACCAAAUGGUUUUGGGUUCUAUCCUAGAACUGUCCCGUCGAACAUGUGAGCAAAUUAGGCAAGAGGUCUCCUGUACAUUCUGCGCGAAGGACUCAACCCGUUUUAUAAUGACUAUGGUUUCCCUCCAACACCUGACGAAUAUAUUCCUUCAGGUGGCCAGGAAUGGUGCGUGGUAUGUCUCCAAUGCACGUUUGGGAUUAGGAUCCUUUCGACUGUCCGAGGAAGAGGAUCGAGCGCACAAGAGUUUACUCGUGGUCUCAUCUCUCGGCCAUGUGGAUACAAUCAUGGACCUCUUAGGGAACUCGGUGCGAGAGAUCCAGUACGCAGAAGUUAUGCAACAGAAGACAGGUGAAACGGCAACGGAAACGGGUCGCUGCAACCUGAAAUGGAUUAUGGAGACGGUAGCCCGUUUGAAAAGUCAAGUCCGAAUGAUGAUCCAAGUCAUAGAGGGACUUGAUUGGGGACGCACUACCAGUGGUAUGCAACAGGGAUAA